CCGCACAUGCGCAGAAAGCCUGGUCACCUGCACGAACAAGGAAGUAAAGAAGGAUCACUGGAUGUGAAAUCAAAAUACUUCUCCGAUCGACAAUUGUUAUCCGAUCGUCAACUUUUUUAAGCAACGUCGACGGGACAAGAUGUUUAAAAAACUCAAGCAGAAGAUAAACGAGGAGCAGUCGCCGCAGAGGAACGCGCAGACUCCCCAACAGGCCCAGCUGGGGUCUGCAGACCACCGGAGCAGCCAAACCAGCCCGUUAUACAAUGACGCUGUUCCCUCUGCCAGUGACCGAGAGAGUGCCUCUAAAGAUCCAACCAGAUCUCCCAGUGGAAGUAUCAACGGGGAUGGAAGUGUGUCUCCUCAUAGAGAAGAACCUCAGUCCUUUGCCCAAAAACUACAGCUGAAAGUACCCUCAAUGGAGUCCAUAAUUCGAGGCGGCGCCAGUCGGGCUGAACUCCUCUUCCGCUCUCCCUCUAAAGAAAGCCUGGUUCGGAGCUCAUCGCGCGAGUCCUUGACACAUUUAGGAGAAAAUGAAGCCUCUGGUGCCCCUUCGUAUGACCCACCUUCAGACAUUGAGAGCGAAGCUGAGGAGGCGCCAGGGAAUGCAGAGUCUCUCCCCAAAGAGCAGCUUUUGCAUCGGUUGGUCCGAGUGGAGACGAGCCUGGGGAAGUAUCGCGGGAAGUACUCGGAGCUGGUUACUGCAUAUCGCACAGUGCAGCGAGAUAAAGAAAAAACACAGGCCAUCCUAAGCCAGUGUCAAGACAAAGCUCUGCGCAGAAUAGGAGAACUACGAGAGGAGUUACAAAUGGACCAGCAGGCAAAGAAGCACCUUCAAGAUGAGUUUGAUGCUACACUGGAGGAGAAAGACCAGAUGAUUACUGUCCUGCAAACUCAGGUUGCUUUGCUGAAGAAACGAGUUAAAGGAGUGUCUGAGGGUGCUUUGGUGGCUGAGGGUGAGCUGCCCGUUUCUACAGAUGCCGCAGAAUCCAAAUCCACCAGCCCUUUAAAUGACCAAGAAGUUGAGCCUGAAGUACCUGAGGAAGAGGGCGUCAGUGAUCCAGCGAAACUUUUGGAAGCGCUGCAGAAGCGAGUGAAGCGACAAGAGAACCUACUACAGAAGUGCAAAGAAAUUAUACGUGUGCACAAGGAGCGCAGCGUCCACAUGAGUAGCGAGAAUGAAACUCUGCAGGAGCAGCUGCAGGAGAGACUACAAGAACUUGAAAGGAUGAAGGAACGACACACGACUGAGAAGAGUAAGUUGAUCAAUCAGUUGCGUGAUGUCAAGAACCAAAAUGAACAGCUAGAGCAGGACAAGGGUAUGGUGAUUGCUGAGACAAAACGGCAGAUGCACGAGACUCUGGAAAUGAAAGAAGAGGAGGUUGCACAGCUCCGCUCUAGGCUCCAGCUGGCCAAUGCCCAGAAUGAAGAGCUGCAGGACCAGAAGGAAAAAGCUGAGAAAUCAGUAUUUGAAGAGCUCGAGAGGGCAUUGAGUGCAGCACAUAAGGCCGAGGAAGCACGAAAGCAGCUGCAGGUUCAAAUGGAGGACCAAAUGAGUGAAUCGGAAAGAAUCAAUGAAGAGGAGAGGAAGAGUCUGCAGCAGGAGCUUACACGAGUCAAACAGGAAGUUGUCACAAUCAUGAAGAAAUCAUCAGAAGAGAGGGAGGCCAUUAUGCAAAAAUCCCACAGUGAAGCCCUGGCAGCCAAAGAAGAGGAGCUAAAUGACAGAAUCAGCAAAGCUGUGGAGCAAUGUAAAGAGGAGUUUGCUCAGCGAAUUGAGGAAAAAGAGCAGCAGGCUGCUCUUGCGCUGGAGGAUGCAGAGUUGCAGAAGACGGCUCUUAUUGCAGAGGGCGAGAAUAGAGUUAAAGAGAUGCGGCAAGAGUUGGAAGUAGCAAAAACUAAAAUAAUGGAGUUGGAGAGCUCCCUGGAGAAGAUGUCCCAAGAUGGAUCAGAUGAGCAAUCCAAUCUUCUGGACAAGAUGAAGGAUAACCACAAAGAGCAAAUGUCAGCAUUAGAGGAAGAGCACCAGGCACAGCUGGAAAAGCACAAGGACGCUUUAUCCCAACAGCACAAUGCUGCUCUGGAAGAGCUCAAGGAAAAACAGAGGGUUGAGUUGGAGACACUUCUGAAAGAGAAAGACCUGCAGAUUCAUCUGCACACAGAGGAGAUGAGUCAGAGAUUGGAUGCAAAGCGGGUUGAGCAUGAAGCAAUUUCAGCUGAGCUCUCUGAAAUUUUGAAGAGUAAACAACUUUUGGAACUGAAGUUGGUUGAAGUACAAGAUGUGCAUAAUUUAGCUCUGCAGGAUCUGGUGGUAAAGCACAGUGCAGAAAUGGAAAAUAUUAAGCUGGUGCAUGAACAGUCACUUGGGGGGAUGGAGAAAACGCUGAAAGAGGAAGUUAAUGCUUUGAACCUUAUUUUAAGAGAAAAGGAAAAUCAAAUUAAAGAGCUCGUUCAAGGAGAGGAAGUUCUAAAAGAAAAAUCGCAUUGCAGUCUCGAAGCGCUCGAUGUCAGAGCAAAGCAACUGGAAGAUUUGCAGCAAUCCUUAUCACAUCUCCAGCUGGAAAAUUCAAACUUGAAAGAAGUUAAAGAAGAAUCAAAUAAAAUCUCAAAUGAUCUUGAGCAGUCCAAGAAGGCCUUGAUAGAUUUGCAACAUCAGCUUGAAGCGGCAAAAAAAGACUGUCAAGACAAAGAGUUAUUACAUCAAGAAUUAGAGCAGCAAUUACAGCAGAGCAAAAAGGAACUCGCCGAGGAGAAGUUGCACAGUGAAGAUCUUAACACUAAAAAGGAAGAGCAAACAAGCCUUCUGAAAAAAUUAGAGGAUGAAAAAGCUGCUCAUGAAAAGAAGCUGAACGACACUAUCGCCGAGAUGCAAGAUAAACUGAAAACACAGGAAACUAAAAUGGAAAAGAUCAAACAAAAAGCCAAAGAAAUGCAAGAUCACUUUAAGAAAAAGAUUCAGCAGAAAGAAGAAUCCAUGAAGAUGGCACUUGCAAAGAAAGACGCAGAGCUUCAACAAAAGGAGCAGCAAGUUCAAGAGAAGAUUUUAGAGAUGGCCCAGAAAAAUUCUCAAGGCUUAAGCAAUACAAUGGCAGAGCUGCAAGCUAACCAUUUGGGGGAAGUGGAGAAACUACGGGAAAGCCAUAAAGACGAGCUCGCUGAGACGGAGCGCCAUUGGCAGGAGAAAUUGGGACAGCAGGAGGAGGAAUUAACGGAAAAACACUCGCACAUACUCCAGGAAAAGAUACAAGAAUUGAAAGAAUGCUCUUUAAAACUCAAAAGCAGCAAAGAAGACAAUGAGCAACUACUUAUUGUAAUGAAGAACCAAAAGGAGGAGCUUGCGAUUCAAGAAACAACAGUGCAAAAACUAAAAGAAGAACUUCACCAUGUAGGGGUCAAGUUCGAAGGUUUGUCAACAAGUGACGCUAUGCUGAGAGAGCAACUGGAGUCAGUGGAGAGGAACCUCGGGCAGGCUUUGAAUGAGCGAAACUCCCUGCAGGACAAGCUCAACAUAACAGACGAAGAGAGCAGAGAGAAAAUCAAGACAUUAUCCGAUAAUUUGGUGGGUAUGGAGAAGCAGCUUCAAGCCCUUGAAAGUGCCAGACGGAAGGAAUGUGAGGACUUGCAGACUAAAUCUGCGAAAGAUGCAGUUCAGAGAGAGGCUUUGGAAGCCCAAUUCCAACAGCAGUUCAUUAUGAUCAGCAACCAAAUGCAGCAUUACUGUAAGGACGUCCAGUGCAAAAUGGCCGACGGGGCCGCUGAACUUUGUCAGAAAGUUGAAUGUCGAGUCUCGGAUUUAAAAGAAAGACUUCUUUGUAGCCAGAAAAAUAUUGCGCACCUUAAAAAUGUUGUCUCUGACAAAGUAGAUCGAGUUUGCACUUUAGAGGAGGAUCUCCGCCAGAAGUGUGAGGAGAAAAACAAACUAUGCAUUUCAUUAGAACAGGCGACUGCUCAGGUAAAUGCUCACAUGGAGCAAAUCAAAGCCUUAACGAUUGAGAAUGAGAAGAAUUCUCUUUCGGCCAGUGAGACGGCUCAGAAGACAGAGGAGUUAAACCGAGUCAUGUCAAUGAGUCUGAAAGAAAAUGAGUUGCAAGUGGUUAACUUGGAAAGCAUCAUCAGUGACUUGAAACAUCAAGUAAACGGUAAGGAGAAAGCCAUACUCGAGCUGAAGCAACAGCACGAAGAGGAGAGACAAAAAGCGUUAGUUGAAAUGGAAGAGACCAUUCAGGGGUUGAAGCAGGAGCGAGAGUCCACUUCGGAGCAGGCCAAGGCUCUCAAAGCUAGUCUGUCUGAAAGUGACGACACUGUAGCAUCUUUGAAGACCAGACUGGAAGAGCUGGAACGCCUUGUCUCUGAGAAGAACGAAGCUUUGCAGAGGCUCACGAUGAGCUUUGACAAUCAGUCCAUCAGCAAGUCGGAGAUGGACCAAGUUUUGAGCGAGAAGGAGCAGAAGGUGAGCGGGCUGACUGCGGAACUGGAGAGUGCCAACCUUAGACUCUGUGAGCUCCAGGAGCAGUUGGCCUUGAAGAUAAAAGAGUGUGAACAACUCUCACAUGACCUCACACAGCAGCAUAGCAUCAGGGAGAACGAGAGGAAAGAAUUGGUUGAAAAGCUUCAACGCAACGGGCAUCUAGAGCAAGAGCUGGAAGAAAAACUGCACCAUCUCCAGGAGGACAACCAAAAGAGCAAAAACCAACUCAAGACUCAGGAAGAAGAAUUUGAAAGGUUGAAAGAGGAGAUGAUGAAAAGCAAAGAGCAGUGUGUGAAAGAAACCGAGGAGAGGUUGACAACAGAGAGCAGUCGUAAAAUAUCCGAGCUGAAGAAGAAAGCGGAACAAAAAAUCGGACAAAUCAAGAAGCAGCUGACGUCACAGCUCGAUGAAAAAGAUGAGCUGAUCAAGAGUCUCGAGUCGAGCCACAAGGAGUUCAAGAAAAAUGAAAUCUCCAGUCAAGAAUGCAUUGACACAUUAGAGGCAAAAAACAAAUCUCUCGAGGAGGUUCUUGUCAAGCUCAAAGAAGUGCAGGCAAAUGAACUGGAACAGACACAGGCUCGCGUGAAGCGGACAUUGGAGGAGUCUUUCGAGGAACUGAGGUGCACGUAUGAAGACAAGCUCUCGGCACUUCAAGAUUCAGUCCAUCAAAUGAAGCUCAAACAAGCGGAAGCACUUGAAGUUGAAUCGAGGCUUAAAGAAUCUGAAAAGCAGAAAGAAGAGCUUCUUGAACAAGUUAGUGCUCUGAAAGAAGAAAUCCAACAGAAGGUUGUUGAGUUUGAGCAACGUCAAGCUGCUUCGAUGCAGGCCCACACAUCAGUCGAAGUUGACAGCAGAACGGAACGAAAUAGUCUUCAACAAACAAAGAGCGUGUUGGAAAAUGAAAUGGAAAACCACUUAGCCAAACCGGAUGAGGAUUCUCUCGAUUCUCUCAAGAGCAAACUAAAUCACAUGAAGAGUGAGAAAGAGAAAAUCCACAAAGAUUUCACCAGGUUACAGAAAGACAUCCGAUUAAUGAGGAAAGAGCACGAGCAGGAACUUGAAUAUGCAAAGAAGCAGCUGAUAGACGAGAGUGAACAGAAGCUUAAAUUAGAAUUAGAAGACCUUGAAAUGAAGCACAACUCGGCAAUCAAGCAGCUAAUGAUGGAGUUCAACACACAAAUAGCCGUAAAAGAGAAAGAAGUUGACACAGCAGUGAAAGAAACCAUCGGUAAGGCCCAGGUUGUGGAGGCGGAGCUUCUCAGUAGCCAUCGGGAGGAAACCAAUCAGCUGAAGAAAGUGAUUGCCCAGAGGGAGGAAGACUUGAACAAAACAGUUCAGAAAUACGAGCAGGUCAUACAGAGUCGAGAGGAGGAGAUGGGGACUCGAGUGUGGCAGGUCCAGAAAGAACUGGAGGACCUACAAGCUAGGAGCCACGACACGUCUCAGAUGAGCUCUGAGGAACUGCAGGCGCAACUUGCCGAGAAGACGACUUUGCUGAGUGAAGCUCGGCUGAAGGAGCAGAGCUUUGUUGAGAAGAUUCACUCGCUCGAGGACAAGAUUAAAUGUUUCCACCGGAAUGCAGUCGUAACUCAUCUGGGAAGCGCAUACAAAGGUGCUGCACUCAACAAUCCUGAGCCACUCUCCGAAGCCACUGAGAUGGAGUACCUGAGGAAGGUGCUUUUUGAGUACAUGAUGGGACGUGAGACAAAAACGAUGGCCAAAGUGAUAACAUCCAUGCUAAAGUUUCCUCCAGACCAGGCUCAAAAGGUUUUGGACAAUGAGGAGUCCAAAGCAAUGCAUUGGUUGAGCGUCUGAUGCUUUGAGAUGAAAAUCAUGCUGUUGCUGCUGCUGCUGCUGCUGAAAGGGAAGACUGCCAAGGAUUUAAUGACACCCUUCUCUCCCCAUUAUGUAUUUGUAUGUAUGCACGUAUGAAUGGCCAGCAAUUGAGAUUUUAGUGCGCUUUGUAUAGUUUGGUAUGUAUGAGUAACACUACAAGUAUGAGGGAAUUCAAACACAGAUCUUCCACAAAUCUGCUUUUUUUUUUUUUUUUUUUUUUAGAUUAACUGGUGUUUUAGGAGGUAUGAUUUUUAUUUAAUGUGUUUAUACAGAUUGGCGUGUGCAAUAAAUGGUACUGUUAUCACAUAUCGAAGGCGAGAGUCGGUUGAUUUUAAAGUUUUCCUGUGCUUUUCUGUCAUCUGGUUCACUUCCGCUGCAAACCUGUAAAUGACCUUUUGACCUCUGCCCUCACUACAUAUUUAAGUUAGACGCCUGUUGAUCUUUUUUUUCUUCCCCGAGCUUUGUAUUCCAUCCCACCAACCCCAACAACACUGCAAUUUGUAUUAAGAUGUAAACUGUACUAUAGGGCUCUAUAUAACUUGCUAUACAUUUUCUGUAUAACAAAUUAAAUAUUAUUUACAGAAUA